UUGCCGGUAGCGAGUGAUCCGAGGGCAGUGAUUUUGCGCAAGAUCUCAUGGGAAGAGGAGGAAGGCCUGCUACAGAAGAGAGCGUGAGGCGAGCUUGAGAGAGGGGGAAGAGGUCUCUGCGCGCGCAAGCUAGAGCAAGUGAGGUCCAAGGGGCUGCUGGGAUAAGAGCUGCAACGGGCACAACAAUCGAAAGCCAACUAUUCGUGCGCGUUAACUUUUUGAAACAGAUGUCAUGGACCUCCAGGUCGCAUGCGAGAAAGUGUUUAGUGAAGAGGAGUUAGCCCAUGUGAAACCAGGGCUUGAAUGCUGAGGCGGUACAGUGGCUUCUACAAAUUCAGAUUGUAGCAGGGAAUGCCACUUUUUUAAAGCUGUCCAAAUAGCACUAUAGAGAGCAGUCUGAUUUGCUGGGGCCUCUUUCAUCUCGAAUAGUUUAUAUAUGAUAAAGCACUUAAGAAAAACAAUUUUCCACUUGCCGUUCGGAAAAAUAGAAGUUUCAGAUUACUGUCUUCUGUGUGUUUCAAGAUGACACAGUUCCUGCCCCCAAAUUUGUUGGCACUAUUUGCACCCCGUGAUCCUAUACCCUAUCUGCCUCCUUUGGAAAAAUUGCCCCAUGAGAAACAUCAUAAUCAGCCAUACAGUGGUAUUGCUCCCUACAUCCGUGAGUUUGAGGACCCACGUGAUGCUCCCCCACCGACUCGUGCAGAGACACGGGAGGAACGGAUGGAACGGAAGAGGCGAGAGAAGAUUGAACGCCGACAGCAAGAGGUUGAAAGUGAAUUGAAGAUGUGGGAUCCACAUAAUGACCCCAAUGCUCAAGGAGAUGCCUUCAAGACACUUUUUGUGGCUAGAGUUAACUAUGAUACAACAGAGUCCAAGCUGAGGAGGGAGUUUGAAGUCUAUGGACCCAUCAAAAGAAUCUACAUGGUGUACAAUAAGCACUCCAGCAAGCCACGUGGCUACGCCUUCAUUGAAUACGAACAUGAACGUGACAUGCACUCGGCAUACAAGCACGCAGAUGGGAAAAAAAUUGAUGGCAGGCGAGUGCUAGUGGAUGUAGAGAGAGGACGGACUGUGAAGGGAUGGCGCCCACGUAGACUGGGCAACAGUCAAAUAGGAUGUGAGCCAGGUCUUCUACCUGUGCCGCUCCACAAAUGCAGAGACAUUCAUUGUAGGGUAUAGAAUGGAAUCUCCCAUAUCUGACCAUUGUGUCAAGCUGUUCGAAUCUCGCUUGCGUAAAUAUCUCCCUUUAGAUGUUUUAGCAAUUAUAAUUUUAAAUAG